AUGUCCUCAACACAACAAUCAUUAUCAACACUUCGCACCCAGAGGAUUCUUGGUCAUCUCUUCCCUUCAAAUAAUAAUAAUAACAUUAACCAUGCUCACAUGAUGCUAAAUUCAUCUAGGCCUAUUUGUUGCAAUGAUGAUGUAAUAUUGGUAAUGAAUCAAACUUCAAAAGAUGACAAUGAUCAUGUACUCUCCCAAUACAAUCCAGACAAUCAUUGUCUGUGCAUUACAUUGAAUAGACCAAAGAGUUUCAAUGCACUCUCACUCUCCAUGAUCCGAUCCUUGAGAAGGAUUCUAGAGCAAGCUCUCUCCGAUACAAAAGUACACUUUGUGAUAUUGCAGAGUGCUAGUGAUAAGGCUUUCUGUGCUGGGGGUGAUAUCAAGGAUUUGAGAAGGGGAUUUGAAUAUGCCCAACAAUUCUUCACCGAGGAGUUUUCAUUGAAUUAUUAUAUUCAUGAAUUUUGUAAAGUAAAACCAAUUGUUUCCAUGUUGAAUGGUAUUACAAUGGGUGGUGGUGUUGGAAUUUCAAUUUAUACAAAUUUGAGAGUGGCCAAUAGGAAGAGAUUCCAAUUUGCAAUGCCUGAAGUGUUUAUUGGAAUUUAUCCUGAUAUUGGAGCCUCCUUCUUCCUUACUAGAGCUUGUUCAUCAAUUGGAAUUGCUAGAUAUAUUGGAUUGACCGGUGCAAAAUUGGGUGCUACAGAUUCACUCUUCUCAAAAUUGGUAACUAAUGUUAUUGAUAAUGAGGAAGUUUUCUAUGAAUUGAGAAGAGAUUUAUUUGAAAAGUUUAUUCCAACAGAAAAUGAAUCUAACUUGGAAAAACAAUUGGAAAAAUUCAUUCAAAUUUAUGAAAAGAAAGGCAAUACAGUACUCAAUUCAACAUUGGGUCAGGUUGAUCGUUUUAGACGUGUUAUUGAUUACUGUUUUGGAGAGGCUCAAUCUGUUAAGGAAAUAAUUUCAAAUCUCAAAUGGUAUAAGGAACAUCAUCCAUGUAGAAGUCAAUCAGAUAAUGAAUUUAUUGAUUCUAUAUUGGAAUUAUUCUCAAAGAGAGCUAGCCCUACUUCUCUUGUAGUUACCUUCGAGGCACUUGAGAGAGGAAGAAAGGCAAGCUCUUUGAAACAAGUUCUUGAUUUGGAUAAGUUACUGUGUACCAAAUUGGUUGGGCAACAUGAUUUUGUGGAAGGUGUUAGAGCUGUUUUAGUUGACAAAGAUCAAAAACCAAAAUUCAAACCUGCCACUCUAGAUGAGUUAAACGUCCACCAGGUUAUUAAAGAGAUAUUUGAUUAA